UCGGCUGCCUAUCCGCCCCAUGCACCCGGCUUCUCAUGCGCUAGCACACGUGUGGCGCUAAUCGGCACAUUUUCGGACUAAAAAAGGAAAAAAAACAACAAUCGAAUGGCGUCAUCUUUUGAGCAAAUGAGAGCAAAUGUGGCGAAACUGCUGCGAGGCAUCGACAGGUACAACCCAGAAAACCUAGCGACCCUGGAGCGGUAUGUGGAGACACAGGCCCGAGAGAACGCCUAUGACCUGGAGGCCAAUCUGGCUGUUCUCAAACUGUACCAGUUUAACCCUGCCUACUUCCAGACCCAAGUGACGUCACAGAUCCUGCUGAAAGCUCUGACCAACCUUCCCCACACAGACUUCACCCUGUGCAAGUGCAUGAUCGACCAGACACACCAGCAGGAGGAGCGGCCCAUCAGACAGAUCUUGUACCUGGGGAACCUGCUGGAGACCUGCCACUUUCAGAGCUUUUGGACGAGUCUGGAGGAGAACCGGGAGCUAAUUGACGGCAUUGCUGGCUUUGAAGACUCUGUUCGUAAAUUCAUCUGCCACGUAGUGGGCAUUACAUACCAGACCAUUGACCGGCGCUUACUGGCAGAGAUGCUGGGAGAUCCGCUAGACACACAGGUGAAGGCCUGGAUGAACAAGUAUGGCUGGACAGAGGAUGAGGACGGACAGGUGUUCAUUUUCAACCAGGAGGAGAGCGUCAAACCCAAGAACAUUGUGGAGAAGAUCGACUUUGAGAGUGUAUCCAGUAUCAUGGCAACCUCCCAGUGAUCCUGAAGCCUGUACAGACACUGCGCUGGAUCAUCACUUUUUCAUCUUGUGUUUUUGAAAUAAACAUUUCUGUCUGAC